AGCACCUUGUGAAGUGCAGCAGAAGCUCACACGGAGUUCCUGGCUCCCACAAACGGGGGUCUUAGCCAUGCUGCCUGCGGUGCGCGACCGGCUGGACUUCCUCGGUGCGGAGUAUGAAAGGAUUGCGUUGGAGAAUGAGCGCUUGCGCGCGGAGCUUCUGGAACUGGGCAGUCCGGGCAGCCAAAACGGCGAAGUGGCCCGAAACAUCACGGCGAAGAUUGCGGCUUUGCGCGACCCAGCCAGCUGCAAAGCAAUUGUGACAUCGCACACCCCAGCUUCGCCGAUGUCUCCGACCAAAGAAGUGUGGAUGGAUGGCUCCAGGAUGCCAGAGCUCCACGCAAAGAUUACCUGCGAUGACCUGAUCCCAGGUGCUGUUGCCGACUGCGACGAGGCGAGCAUGAUUAGCAAGGACGAGCCGAUCUCAGAGGGAACCUCAGCCGCGCGCUUGCGCAGUGACCGCCGAAUCAGCAAGGGCAGCAGGACGGAGCCGCCGGUGGAAGAGCCGGAGGAGCAGGUUUCGCGCUUGAUCUUCCUGGACGUCAUACCAGCUGUGAUCAUUUCGAUCAACGCUGCAGUGGUGGGCCUCAGCGCUGAUAUUUGCCCCGAGCACACGGUCUGGGUGGGUUUAGAGAUGUUCUUCACCGGCUUCUUUACACUGGAGAUUCUGGUCAAGAUGAAAGUCUUUGGAGUCAAGGGCUACUUGUGGGGCGCCGACUGGUAUUGGUCCUGGUUCGACUGCUUUUGCGUCUUACUGGCAUACCUGGAGAUGGGCAUGAGUCUGCCGACCACCGGCCUGGGCAGCUCGGAGUGCGGGCUUCGGGAGUCCGACGGCGGGGCCGGCUUCGGGGCGCUGAAGAUGUUGAAGCUGGCACGUCUGGGGAGGAUCGUGCGGCUGCUGAAAUUCAAGAUCUUUGUGGAGCUAAAGUUGAUGAUCCAAGGAGUGUUCACAGGAUUGCGAGUUCUGUUCUGGGCCAUCAUGCUGCUUUUUGGCUGUAUUUACCUCCUGGGUGUGGUCUGCAAGACGCUGUUCUCCAACUACGCAGAGUUUUCUACCGUGCCGGCUUCGAUGUUUACAGCCUUCCGCUGCUUCACGGACGGCUGCGCCGGCUAUGAUGGCACCCCGCUGCAGGAGCGCAUCCGAAAAGAUUCUGCUGUGGGUGGUGUGUGGAUGAUUGCCUACAUCCUGGUUUUCCUGUUCAUCACCAUUGGCAUUUUCAACUUGAUUAUGGCGGUGUUUAUCGACAACGUCAAUGAUGGGAGCGUGAAGAAGAAGCAAUACACUUUGGGGUUGACCGCGGACAAGACAGAGCUGAAGCUCGCCGAGACCCUGCGGGGGAUGUGUCUGAAAUCUGGGGUGGUCGACCGGGACCAGCUGGAGGAAGAGGAGUAUGAGGAGAUGGUGAUGACGCCGACGAUGACCAAGCGCACCACCGAGUACCUGCAAGACUACGAGGGGCGAUGCAAUCGGCUCAAAAAAGCGAUGACAAGCACCGGGUGCAUGAUCACCAAGCGCACCUUCAACAGUUGGCUCCUGCAAUCCAGCGAGCUACUGGACGUGCUGGAUGAUGCUGAAGUGGAUACAUCUUGCAAGUUUGAGCUCUUCGAUGUCUUGGACAUUGAUCUCUCGGGCAAACUGCCGUUCAGCGAGACAGUAGAAGGCCUCAUGAGGUGCCGCGGGCCCGUUUCCAAGACCGACAUCAUCUCGAUACGUCUGCGAGUGCGACAUCUCACGCGUCUGACACAGCAAAUUCAUAAAAAGCUGGGCUGCCAUUCCCACAAGUGAGCCGGUGCAGUUUUAUUUUCAACUAUAGAUGCAUGGGAAGUUGUCUUUGACGGUCUCCGUUGAAACUCUUUACAUAGCUGGAGCUUUGCAUUGUCCAAGACAGGCAAAGCGAGUUUUUUUCCGCCAGCACACAAGUCUUGCCUCAAGAGCGUUCAGCUGCCUGCAUAUCCAGGCCGAGUUUUCGCGCUGUAAAGCUGGAAGCGGGCGGAGGGGCCCCGCAUUGUUUGCAGCCACGCAGAGGUGUGAAGCACCAUUUGCGGCACGGAAGUUUGUCAUAGGCUUAGAUUGGCGCAUGCCAGCCACACGCUGCAUACAAAGCCAAAACUGCCAAGUGCAUUCCUGCUGAAUGCAAGCUGCUCAACCCCAGUUGAGCCACACAACCGUGCAGUGGAAGUUGA